UUCUUCACACAUUCCCAGGGCAUUGUGAUACAAGCGUGCCAGAGACAACCUCCUGCUUCCUUGAUUACAAAGGAAAAUACAAGAAUCUGUUAUGGUUAGCCUCAUUGGCGUGUGUGCGAUUUUCAGGCAACAUGAGUCCCAAAUUAUUUGUGCUCUUCAUCUUGGCUGCUGUAGGAAAACGAGGAUCUGCAGCAAGGCCUGUGUUGAAAUUCAGUCCAAACUAUAAUCCGAUCUUCUCAGGAGAGAAAAUGAAAAUGACCUGUGAUUCCCAGCCUAAGGAGACGGAAUAUUCCUGGCUCUUUAACAAUGCUAUUAUAUCUAAGGGGGAUCUAUAUGAAAUUCCAAGUGCUAACAUCAUGCAGAGUGGAAAUUACCAGUGUCAGACCAAAGAUGGUAGCAAAAGUGAGAUGGUCGCACUGAAUGUGACUGAAGGCCAGUUGAUCCUGCAGACAGCACCCUAUAUUCACGAAGGUGAUCGCUUGAUGCUGAGAUGUCACCACAAUCCCGGAAUGACCGGAACAAUGAGUAUAUUUUACAAAAAUAAAGCCGAAUUAAGAGGUUGGAAUGAUGAUGCUCUGUUUACGGAGCCAGGCAUUACCAUGAAUGCAUCUGGUUCGUACAGCUGUAUAAAAAAGUUAUCUUGGGAUUCCAGGAGCUCUCAGUCCACCGCGUCUGCUACCAUAAAAGUCAAAGAACUGUUCACAGUCCCUGUAAUCAGCAUGUUCCCAAAUCCACCAAAAGGAGGCGAUAAAGUGAGUCUAAAAUGUCAGGCAACUGUCUCGACAUAUAAACCGAAAACAGAACUGUGGUAUGCUUUCUACAAAGAUGGAGAGAACAUUCAGAUAUUUAGCCCAGCUAAUCAAUGUGGAAUUCCAUCCGAAAAACUCAAGCCUUCGGGGAAAUAUUCCUGUGCUGUGACACCUAAAUUAAGCAGUGUGACAAAGAAAAGCCAAGCAAUAUAUCUAAAAAGUUCUAAGGCAGCGCUUACACAGAACAUUGUUGGGUUGGCACUAUAUGAGUGUAUACUGAUAAUGUCUUUCAUGUUCAUCUUUAUCACAUAACUCUAUUAACAAACAAACCAUAAAGAACAAUGUAAAAAAUACAUUUAUUAAACACCUAAUAUACAAAAAGAAAAUUAAGUAGAGCUUUUUUUAAAUAACAUUUUGCCAUAUAUAAUUUUUUUUUUUAACUGCAUGAAUUCGUUGUACUAAAGUGAUUAAACCUAAACCAUUAUUUUUAUGAUUUUUUUUUUGUGAUAGUUUUCCUUUAUAUUUCUGUAAGUGAAGAUUCCACCUGUCCAUAAAUACCAUAAAAACCGAUGCCUUAUUACUUACUGGAUCGUCUUGAUUGUUGGAUCUGCUCAGUACAGGUCGAUGACAUCAUCAUAGAUCGCUCAUCCUCCAAUUUACCUCCCAUAUUGCUGCUGCCUUUCCAUAUUAUGUAUUCUGUAAAUUUUACAUUUGUACAAUUAAAGCCCUCCGGGCAAAUAUAAAAACCUG